AUGUCCCGCCGCAAGGCCGGCAGCAUGCCCCGCAGAGUACACCCCGUGCCCGCCGCCACCACUCCAGACGACGAGAUGGAGAUGUCGGACCUCGUCAUCGAUGUGAAGCCCGAGCCAGACGCGCAGUCCCUGCAGGCCCAGGGGCUGGGGCACUUGUCCCCGAAGGACAGGUCCGCGCCCGAGAGGCUCGGGGGCGAACCCCGCCAGUCCCUGGGCCCCGGGCCCGCCGGGGCCGCCCUCCACGCCUUCGGCGUGCGGAGCCACUGGGCCCUGUGGAUGCCGCUGACCCCUAACCCUGCCGACCGUCAGCCCUGGACCGACAAACACCCAGAUCUGUUGACUUGCGGCCGCUGCCUGCAGACCUUCCCAUUGGAAGCCAUCACUGUCUUCAUGGACCACAAGAAGCUGGGCUGUCAGCCCUUCAGCGGCCCCAGCCCCGGCCAGGUGUCAGAACCCCCAGAGCUGAAAGCCCUGAGCUGCCUUCGCUGUGGCCGACAGUUCACUGGGGCCUGGAAGCUGCUGCGCCAUGCCCAGUGGGACCAUGGGCUGUCCAUCUACCAGACGGAAUCAGAGGCCCCGGAGGCCCCGCUGCUGGGCCUGGCUGAGGUGGCCGCGGCUGUGUCAGCAGUAGUGGGGCCCCCACCUGAAGCCAAGGCCCCUGGCAUGAGUGGCAUCUCCCGGCGCAGCCCCACGUGCCUGGUGUGCAAGAAGACCCUUAGCUCCUUCAGCAACCUCAAGGUGCAUAUGCGCUCACACACGGGUGAGCGGCCCUAUGCCUGUGACCAGUGUCCCUACGCCUGCGCCCAGAGCAGCAAGCUCAACCGCCACAAGAAGACCCACCGGCAGCUGUCAGUCCCAAGCCGCAUGGCCACCAGAAGCCUGGAGCCAGCCUCCACUGCCCCUCCAGAGCCUGCUGCCCACGCUGCCACACCAGCCAGCACCCUUCCACAUAGUAGUGGUGAAGGGGCUGGAGCUGCAGCCACAGCGGGUGUUCAGGAGCCAGGGGCUCCUGGCCUUGGGGCUCAGGCGGGCCCCAGGGGGGGUGAUUGGGGACCUGUCCCCAAAGCACAGAGAACUGAGCCUGUAAAGAGCCAGGUAUCACCCAAGAAGAUCCCCAAGUCAGGAGGCAAGAGCCGUGGGCCCGGGGGCAGCUGUGAGUUCUGCGGGAAGCACUUCACCAACAGCAGCAACCUCACAGUGCACAGGCGCUCACACACCGGCGAGCGGCCCUAUGCCUGUGACCAGUGUCCCUACGCCUGCGCCCAGAGCAGCAAGCUCAACCGCCACCGCCGCAUGCAUGGCCUGGGGCCUGGCAGCACCCGCUAUGAGUGCCCACACUGCUGUGUGCCCUUCGGCCUGCGGGCCACCCUGGACAAACACCUGCGCCAGAAACACCCUGAGGUGGCCUGAGCACUCAAGUGCUGUCCCUCACUCUGUCCAUGUUCUGUGUCCCUCCUUGUCCUUCCCUGUUAGUAAAUGUUAUCCACUAUCUACCACG